AUGGCGACCCUUAACAUCUUGCGGACGGAGGAAGAUCUCAUUAUGUAUUCGACUCUCUUCGGCAAUCCCAAAGAUGAAAAUAUUAAGUCCCGGGGGACGGAAAUUGAGAAGAAGAUCGAAUUUCUUGAGAACCUAGCUGGAAGAGUUAGCAACAGAAGGUAUCGCCGGUGGAUAAACGAUCGGUUGUUGAUGGAGCUUGUGCCGCGUUUGGAUGGUCAUGAAAUCCGGGGUUUGUUUGCUCCACCGCCAUGGGGUGAUGAUGUGCCACCUUCAGCAUUUAGCCAGACAAAUGUGAGGGAAUGGGAUAGGUUCAGACACAUAGACAUGAAUAAGGAGGCCUCUAUCAUGGAAUCCCUCGAAAGCUCGUCUGCAAUGAGGAAAGGUCGUAUGGAUAAUGAAAAAGUCUCAGUGCUGAAAGCUUGGCACCGCGUAGAUAACAGAACCAGAGAGGCACUUCGUCGAUGUUAUCUUUUAGACUUGCUGAAUGGAUAUGAGGAAUGUGUGCGGUCAUUUGUCGAGGAUGGUGGAGACAGAGAUGUUCUGGUGCUGCAUGUUCAAGAUUCUUUCCACCGUUUACUUUUGCAUGGUGUUUGUGAGUACUAUAAUCUUGUCUCGGCCACGACCAGCCUAUCUGAAGGCUGUGAAUCUUUGAAGGAGACGAGGAUAAAGAAGAAGCAAUUGUCGUGUGUUGAUAUCCCUAGCAUCACUCUCUGCAACUUUCUGAGAAUGGCGAAACAAGGAUUUUGGUGA